UUUGGGGUGUCGCUACUCUUGUUUGAGGAGGUGAUUAGGCCAAACUGUGUGGCUGCCAAGGUGGCCUUUGGAGAAGGUAACAGCUCGGGAUGGAGGCGAGACGGAGGCGGGGCUGUCUGCAGAUGUUCCUGGCCCCCGGGGCAGGGGGCGCCUGAGGAGUUGUAGGGUCUCUCAUAAUCCCUCAGCGCAGCUCUCUCGCCCCUCCAGUGGGAAGUACGGAUUCACACAUUUUUGGAGACGUGUUCUCUUGGGGUCUGACUCCAUCUUUCAGGAAGACUGCACCAUGUUUAAGUAAGGAACUGUGAAUGCUUAAACUAUGUUUAAGUAAGGACCUGUCACUCCACUCCGCUGGUUAUUUGGUAGGAGAUACAGCCCAAGCUCUCAUUGCUAGUUAGUGACUCAACCGCACCACCCAGCGCAUAGCAAAGCGCUGAUGCUUAGGAAGGUCCCCUUUGAGGGACACGCUUAGUGGGGGUCACUUUAAGGAACACAAAGAAAUCCUCCUUUAAGUCUCUUCUGUGGUUCAUGAAAAAGGAAAGAAACUCUCCAUCCUCACCUUUAAGUCUCAACAGAUGGCUUGAUGAGCAAUUAUCAGGUACCAGAUUGGCUGGGAAUAAUGAUAGAACAUGACCUACCAUCAGGCCCCCUGUGGAUCAAAUACAGCCCACGCCAAAUGAAAGCCACUGGAAGAUGAGAGACUGCUUAGGCGCCACCACUAGUACCAUGAGUCCCUGCACUGGUUAAAGCCAUCGCCACAACCUGGACAGGCAGCAAGGGCUCUGGGUUUGCAGAGAGCCGAAAUGACCAUGACUGCCAACAAGAAUUCCAGCAUCACCCACGGAGCUGGAGGCACUAAGGCCCCUCGGGGGACUCUGAGCAGGUCUCAGUCAGUCUCUCCACCUCCAGUUCUCUCCCCACCAAGGAGUCCCAUCUACCCGCUCAGUGAUAGUGAAACCUCAGCCUGCAGGUACCCCAGCCACUCCAGCUCCCGGGUGCUCCUCAAGGACCGGCACCCCCCAGCUCCUUCACCCCAGAAUCCUCAAGAUCCCUCCCCAGAUACUUCCCCAGCCACCUGUCCCUUCAAGACCACUAGCUUCGGUUAUUUGGACAGAAGCCCUUCGGCGUGCAAGAGAGAAGCCCAGAAGGAGAAUGUCCAAGGCGCAGCCCAGGAUGUAGCAGGGGUAGCUGCCUGCCUCCCCCUUGCCCAGAGCACGCCAUUCCCGGGGCCAGCGGCUGGCCCCCGGGGCGUCUUGCUGACCCGUACCGGUACCCGCGCUCACAGCCUGGGCAUCCGGGAGAAGAUCUCAGCAUGGGAAGGUCGCCGAGAGGCAUCGCCCAGGAUGAGCAUGUGUGGAGAGAAGCGGGAGGGCUCUGGGAGCGAGUGGGCGGCCAGUGAGGGCUGCCCCAGCCUGGGCUGUCCCAGCGUGGUGCCGUCCCCCUGCAGCUCAGAAAAGACCUUUGAUUUCAAGGGCCUCCGGAGGAUGAGCAGGACCUUCUCCGAGUGUUCCUACCCAGAGACUGAGGAGGAGGGAGAGGCGCUCCCUGUCCGGGACUCUUUCUACCGGCUGGAGAAACGGCUGGGCCGGACUGAGCCCAGCGCCUUCCUCAGGGGGCAUGGCAGCAGGAAGGAGAGCUCAGCAGUGCUGAGCCGGAUCCAGAAAAUUGAACAGGCCCUGAAGGAGCAGCCAGGCCGGGGGCUCCCCCAGCUCCCCAGCAGCUGCUACAGUGUGGACCGGGGGAAAAGGAAGACUGGAACCUUGGGCGCUUUGGAGGAGCCGGCAGGGGGCGCGAGUGUGAACGCUGGCAGCCGGGCAGUCGGAGUGGCUGGAGUUGGGGGGGAGGCGGGCCCACCCCCAGAGAGGGAAGGCAGUGGUUCCACUAAGCCCGGGACCCCUGGAAAUAGCCCUAGCUCCCAGCAGCUGCCAUCGAAGAGUUCCCCCGAUCCUGCUGUGAACCCUGUCCCCAAACCCAAGCGCACCUUUGAAUACGAGGCUGACAAGAACCCCAAGAGUAAGCCCAGCAAUGGUCUACCUCCUUCACCCACACCUGCUGCUCCACCCCCUUUGCCCUCCACCCCAGCCCCGCCAGUCACCCGGAGACCCAAGAAGGACAUGCGUGGUCACCGCAAGUCCCAGAGCAGAAAAUCCUUUGAGUUUGAGGAUGCAUCCAGUCUCCAGUCCCUGUACACCUCUUCUCCCACUGAGAAUGGUACUGAGAACCAACCCAAGUUUGGAUCCAAAAGCACUUUAGAAGAAAAUGCCUAUGAAGAUAUUGUGGGAGAUCUGCCCAAGGAGAAUCCAUACGAGGAUGUGGACUUAAAGAGCCGAAGAGCAGGACGAAAAUCCCAGCAACUGUCUGAGAACUCCUUGGACUCUUUGCACAGGAUGUGGAGUCCUCAGGACAGGAAGUACAACAGCCCACCCACACAGCUUUCCCUGAAACCCAACAGCCAGUCCCUGCGCAGUGGGAACUGGUCAGAAAGGAAGAGCCACCGGCUGCCACGAUUACCCAAGAGGCACAGCCAUGACGACAUGCUGCUGCUGGCUCAGCUGAGCCUGCCGUCCUCACCCUCCAGCCUCAACGAAGACAGCCUCAGCACCACCAGCGAGCUGCUGUCCAGCCGCCGGGCCCGCCGUAUUCCCAAGCUUGUCCAAAGAAUUAACUCCAUCUACAAUGCCAAGAGGGGAAAGAAGAGAUUAAAAAAGUUGUCUAUGUCCAGCAUUGAAACAGCAUCACUGAGAGAUGAAAACAGUGAGAGCGAGAGCGACUCUGACGACAGGUUCAAAGCCCACACACAGCGCCUGGUCCACAUCCAGUCGAUGCUGAAGCGCGCCCCCAGCUAUCGCACGCUGGAGCUGGAGCUGCUGGAGUGGCAGGAGCGGGAGCUUUUUGAGUACUUUGUGGUGGUGUCCCUCAAGAAGAAGCCAUCGCGAAACACCUACCUCCCCGAAGUCUCCUACCAGUUUCCCAAGCUGGACCGACCCACCAAGCAGAUGCGAGAGGCAGAGGAAAGGCUCAAAGCCAUUCCCCAGUUUUGCUUCCCUGAUGCCAAGGACUGGCUCCCUGUGUCAGAGUAUAGCAGUGAGACGUUUUCUUUCAUGCUGACUGGGGAAGAUGGCAGCAGACGCUUUGGCUACUGCAGGCGCUUACUGCCAAGUGGGAAAGGGCCCCGGUUGCCAGAGGUGUACUGUGUCAUCAGCCGCCUUGGCUGCUUCGGCUUGUUUUCCAAGGUCCUAGAUGAGGUGGAGCGCCGGCGUGGGAUCUCCGCUGCACUGGUCUAUCCUUUCAUGAGAAGUCUCAUGGAGUCACCCUUCCCAGCCCCAGGGAAGACCAUCAAAGUGAAGACAUUCCUGCCAGGUGCUGGCAAUGAGGUGUUAGAGCUGCGGCGGCCCAUGGACUCAAGACUGGAGCAUGUGGACUUUGAGUGCCUUUUUACCUGCCUCAGUGUGCGCCAGCUCAUCCGAAUCUUUGCCUCGCUGCUGCUGGAGCGCCGGGUCAUUUUUGUGGCAGAUAAGCUCAGUACCCUCUCCAGCUGCUCCCACGCGGUGGUGGCCUUGCUCUACCCCUUCUCCUGGCAGCACACCUUCAUUCCUGUCCUCCCGGCCUCCAUGAUUGACAUCGUCUGCUGUCCCACCCCCUUCCUGGUUGGCCUGCUCUCCAGCUCCCUCCCCAAACUGAAGGAGCUGCCUGUGGAGGAGGCGCUGAUGGUGAAUCUGGGAUCUGACCGAUUCAUUCGACAGAUGGACGACGAGGACACGUUGUUACCUAGGAAGUUACAGGCAGCUCUGGAGCAGGCUCUGGAGAGGAAGAAUGAGCUGAUCUCCCAGGACUCUGACAGCGACUCCGACGAUGAAUGUAAUACCCUCAAUGGGCUGGUGUCGGAGGUGUUUAUCCGGUUCUUUGUGGAGACCAUUGGGCACUACUCCCUCUUUCUGACACAGAGUGAGAAGGGAGAGAGGGCCUUUCAGCGAGAGGCCUUCCGCAAAUCCGUGGCCUCCAAAAGCAUCCGCCGCUUUCUUGAGGUUUUUAUGGAGUCUCAGAUGUUUGCUGGCUUCAUCCAAGACAGGGAGCUAAGAAAGUGUCGGGCAAAGGGCCUUUUUGAGCAGCGAGUGGAGCAGUACUUAGAAGAACUCCCGGACACUGAGCAGAGUGGAAUGAAUAAGUUUCUCCGAGGUUUGGGCAACAAAAUGAAGUUUCUCCACAAGAAGAAUUAAGCCCCCUUCUCAGUAGCAGAGUCCAGUGCCUUGCAGAGCCUGAAGCCUGGGGAGAAGGCCCAGCCUGGGACCCUCUGGGCUGCUGUGGCUCCUCUGCCUCCACAGAUCCCAUCCUCCAAGCCAGCCCACCUCUGCCUUCAUCAUAUCCCAGGAUACUGUUUGUAAAUAAUCUGCUGUAAGCUUUCUUAACUGUUUUUGUAACAAGCAAAGAGAAUAUGGUAAAUAUUUGUAUAUUCCCAAGGGGCCGGAUGUUUUCCUGUCCUGCCAGAGCAUGGAUGAAGUUUUGCUGGGUGCUCGUGACUGGCCAGUUUUGUGCAGCUGACUGUCUCAGCCAAACCACUGAUCUUCCCUGGAGGCCUUCGGCCUGCCAGCCUGCCUGAGGCCCCGCUGCCAGUCUUGGGCCCUGGAGAGCAGAUGCUGUCUUGUUACGUACAGGAGGACCUUUUAAAAAAAUCAGGAGUUUCAAUUUUUUUCUGGUAGUCCGCAUACCCAUACCCUCUGUUUUUGAAAGGCAAAGGCCAAUCAGUCCCCAUUUGUAGCAUGGCACCAGGGUCUUAGGCCUAGUCCUCUCAUUCCUCCCACCCUCCGAGGUGGUCAGUGUGUCAUGGGAAGCCCACCCCCAGCUCUGCCAGUGCUCUCUGGGCCUGGCUCCCAGUCAGUGGUGGCCACGAUGCGGUACAGGGCAUCCCUCCUUCCCAUCUACGGGUGUUCUCAAUAAACAAUGUACAGUUGUUUGGGCCCAGA